AUGUCAGACGCGACCACACGUGCGCACGUGGCGAGCCCUACGGCUUCGCUAAUCCCUGCCGCCGAUCUCCACGAAAAUGUCCAAGCCUCACCACCGGAAGAUAGUGACUACAGCAGCGACGAGCCCACCACAGCAGCCGCCAGACGAAGAAAGCGGAAGCAGCUUCGCAAAGAAGAACGUAAACAAGAGAAGCAAAGGCACGACUCCGCCCUUCCAACGCCCACGCAAUCCGAUACCGAGACUCCGGCGAACCAACCCCGCAAACCUACCAACAAGUCCCCGAAGCGGAAUCGCAGGCUUGCUGCUGAAUCUGACGCUUCGUCCAUAACAGCACCGUCAGAAAUCUCAAUGGCGAAACCCGCUGCCCAAACCGCUUACCCUCUCCUCGUAGCCUCCAUCGGCAACCCAGGCUCAGCGUAUGCCAAUACACUACACUCCGCAGGACAUAUCGUCACCUCAGCACUCUCUGAAGCAAAACGCUAUGAAGGCUUUCAGAGAGGCCUAUCAGGCCUAGUGUCACGACCUCCGACUACACACAUGGCAUUUGGUUUGACCGGGUACCGAAGAGUAGCAACAGACAAAAGCACAGAAGAUGACUGGACGUUCUGGCAAUCCACGUCAUUGAUGAACGUCAGUGGGAGUGGCGUACUCCGGGCAUACAACGAGUGGUUACGUGGUUUACGGCAGGCAUCUGGAAGUGCGACGUUAGAAGGCAGACUAGUAGUCGUACAUGACGAACUUGAAUCUGCGCUAGGCAAAGUGACAGUCCGCGACGGUAGCGCCAGCGCAAAAGGUCACAAUGGCAUAAAAAGCUGUCAACAAAGCCUUGGAGGGGUAAAGUGGUGGAGAGUAGGCGUUGGGAUUGGGAGACCAGAGAGUAGGGAUCCGAAUGUCGUAAGCAAAUAUGUCUUAGGCAAGAUGACGUCCUAUCAACGAGCACAGUUGGAGAAGACUGAUGUGCCAGUUUACAAGGCGUUGGAGCUUAUUGCUGCGGGAAAGAAAUAA